AUGUCUGUGCUCUGGUUUAUAGUUAGUGUCUGUAUUUUAGUGGUAAGUCCAAUACAAGCCGCGAGGAUCCUCUUCUACAUUCCUACACCGUCAAUCAGCCAUCAAGUGGUGUACCGUCCUCUGGCCCAGACACUGGCCAGCCGAGGUCAUGAUGUCACCGUCAUCACCACAGACCCCGCCUUCCCGAAAGGAAAAACACCAAAGAACUUGACAGAAAUAGACCUACACGACAUCUCUUACGGGAUAUGGCAAGCAGAAUUUAUGAAAGGAGAAAGAGGUGGUGCACGUGACCUACUAGCCCAAGUAAAAGAAAUUAUGGAAGGUUUGCAAAAAGUUCUUGAUAGCCAACUGGGGGAUGAAAAAAUUCAGACUUUGAUCAAUGACAAAAGCCAAAAGUUUGAUUUGUUGAUGUUGGAAGCAUUUUUACCACCAGCCCUCGUGUUCUCACAUAUUUAUAAGGCACCUGUGAUUCAAAUCAGUAGUUUUGGUGCUAUGUUCGGAACUUAUGAAUCUGUGGGAGCUCCUACACAUCCACUCUUGUAUCCAUUAAAUGUACGUCAAAAAUUAAAUGACUUAACGCUUUGGGACAAAUUCACAGAAGUAUUUACUCAUUAUGCAGUGGAAAAUCUUUGGCAUAAUUUUUGCGCUGUUAGUAAUAACAUAGUGAAAAAACACUUCGGGCCAGAGGUGCCCACUGUUGAAGAACUAAGAAAUAAUAUUGAUAUGGUAUUCCUGAAUAUACAUCCCAUGUUUGACGGCAUUAGACCUGUUCCACCUAAUGUUGUCUACCUGCACGGUUUGCAUCAAAAACCCGCAAAAGACCUCCCUCAGGAUCUGAAGUCUUACUUAGAUUCGUCCAAACAUGGUGUCAUAUACGUGAGCUUCGGUACCAAUGUAGAUCCUGCUCUAUUGCCUCCAGAAAAAAUACAAAUAUUAGUACGAGUGUUCUCUCAGUUGCCUUACGAUGUUUUGUGGAAAUGGAGCAAAGAUGAAUUGCCUGGUCGAUCUCCAAAUAUAAAGAUAGCUAAAUGGUUCCCACAACCGGAUCUAUUAAAGCAUCCCAAUGUGAAGUUGUUCAUAACACAAGGAGGAUUACAGUCCACAGACGAGGCCAUCACUGCAGGAGUUCCAUUGGUCGGCAUGCCGAUGUUAGGUGACCAAUAUUUCAACGUAGAAAGAUACGUUUACCAUGGUUUUGGAAUCAGACUCGACAUGGAAGCGCUGACUGAAGAAAAACUUAAGCAUGCAAUUAACGCUACAGUAGAAGACGAAAGUUACCGUCGCAAUAUGGAACGUUUCCGCACUCUAAUAAAUGAUUCGCCGCAGACACCGUUGGAGCGCGCUGUGUGGUGGACUGAGUACCUACUGCGACAUGGUGACGCCAAGCACUUACGCUCACCCAGCGCUAAUAUCUCGUGGAGACAGUACUUAGAACUUGAUCUAGUCUUAAUUUUAGUAUCAGUAUUGUUAAUAGCUGUCGCAGUUAUUAUUAUAGUGCUUCGCUUAGUGUACAGAGUUUUACGAUUUUAUAUAGUUGGUGAUGUUAAAAUUAAACGGAAUUGA